AUGGGCUUGUGGACGAUCUUUUGGGUCGGCCUAAUGCCGACAUCCUCUUUCAUACUCGCAGCGAGGGCCGUUUUGGUGACCUUGACCGAAUUCAACGUGCACGUCUUCAUUCCCGCAUCGCCGCAUACGCCGGUGCUGCCCCAUGGCGACCGUGAAUGUGAUGCCCCCUUUGGCCCCCUGCUGCGUUGGACUCCCGAUAAAGGGGAGCCGAACACUACUUCCUGGAUGAGGGAGAAUAGGGAGCCGCUUCAUGACAAGAACGGCGUGACGCAGCACAUGAACGUCCUUCUCGACUACCCCGCCAUGGACGACCUCGUGGGUGUGGACUACAAUAAGGAGAACGUGAACUACCUGGCCGAGGGCGUCUACGAGAACAUCCUGGUGGAAAGAAGGAACAUGCCCUCCUGCUACAUUGACUUUGAUGGCGCAGGCGGAUGGGACCGGGAUCUUGUGGACCUCUCCGACGGCAACGAGAAGGGCGACGAGGGACGAGCCGUCUAUGAGAAGCUGGACGGUGACUUCCGGAACCUGUCCGAGGUGCACAUCUUGGAGGGUGAGGACUUGUGGAAGCACAAGGACAAUCUGCUGGACUAUACCUUCGCGUCCCCCGACCAAGACGAGGCCACCAUGGAAGAGGGCGACGAAAUCGGGCUUGUGCAAAAGCAGUGGGAAGACAGGGAUGGACGUAGAGACAGAAAGAGGUCCAGAUCGAGGGACAACAACAAGCGGGACAGGCGCCAGGACUCCCGGCCAAGAGGGGAGCCAUCCUCGUCCUCGAGAGGGGGCCGCUCCCUCCCCUUCGUGCCCGCUCCACCCUGGACGCACGGCCACUGGUGCAUUCAAUACUCCGAGUCACGUGUCCGACUUCCGGCGAGGCCGUCAAGAACUUCUGCGGAGCCCGUCACCGUCGAGGACGACACCGACAGACGAGGAGGGGGAGAUGACGAGGUCCAGUACGUACCCCCGCCGGAGCCGGCAGCUAGUCUGCUGAAAACCCGCAGCGACCCUCCAUGGCCGAGAGCUACGGCGGUGGAUCAAACAGCAAGCUCUCUUCACUACUUGCGCCUGUGGCGGAGACUCCUGGGCAACGCGGCCACGCCUGAGGAAUGGAAGGGAGAAGUCAGGGUCCUGAGCAAUGAGGUCCACAGACAUAUUCUGGACGGGCUGCUCACUCUGAGUGAUAGUGACCUGCUGGAGGCUAUGAACGGGCUGUACCGCGUGCUGGCCCUGAUGAUGGCGGAGAUUGUCAAUACGGUGGAGAGAGCGCGCCACGUCAGAGACCACAGAGGCGGUGACGACGCAGCUAUGCUCUUGGAUGCUCCUGGCAAGCGUGUCGAUGUGUUCUACCAGCCGCCCGGGAGAAUGACCUCUACAGACUGGUUUUAUAGUCAUCACCUCUUCGACCUCAAGGCUGAUUUGGGGGCGUCUACCCCCUUGCUGGCUCACUCCAAGGCGGUGGUCCUGGGCAAGAAACUGUUCGCCUUUCGCGCCAAACCACCGCAUCAAGAAGGCCUCGGGCUCAGUCGGCUCGACCGGCUGGGGGCUCUGCUGGCUGCUUUUGAGCUCCACGAGGUCGAGGCUGAAGUGACGCCUGAAAUUCUGACAUGGGCCGACGACCGAUGGGACAUCAUGAGGGUGUUUGUGGGGAGCCGGCUGGAGGUGGAUCGCAACGGCGAGGUUGUCUGCCAUGGACCUGUACCACGACCGCUGCCACCCAACCCCCCGCCCAUGAGCAACGCCGACCUGAUGUAUGUGGCCGACUCCCUGGAAGAACAAAAUCGCACAGGCGAGCCCAGCUCCAGCAGCAUCGGGCCUGCGGCCAGCCGACCAGUGACGUCCGAGUUGGGGCCAACAGCUGGUGCCCCCAGGCCUGUCCAAAGAGAGUCCGACACCAUCGAGAUGAUGCUGGAGGAGGAGUACCUGCUACAGAGAGAAAGGGAGAGGGAGAGGGACCUCAAGAGAAAAAGGGCCUUGGAAGAGGUCGAGCAGCAUGAGCAGGCAAUGCGGGAGGAGGAGGCCAGGGAAGCUGAGGAUGACGAAGCACGUUGGCAGCAACACCUGGCUGCAAUCACACAGGAUGAGGAGGACGAGAUCAUGCGACGAGCCCUUCAACAACCAGGUCGGCUGAAGAAGGUGGGUGUGCGAAUCAACCUGGUGGGGAAGCAUGGGAACAUCCUUCUCAGCCGCGACCAGUCUGUGGUGGUGAGUGCUGGGGAGACCGUCAGGGCCCAAAUGGAGCUCCUUCCGGACGAGGCGGCGGACAACGAGGCAAAUGAACAGGAGCAUGAGGGUGAGGAAGUUGAGAGGCAGAUCCUGCAAGAAAGCCAAGACGAGGACAUUCUGGAGAUGGCGGCGGAGGAGUUCCCAGAGUCGUUGCAUUGGCGUCCGGAUAGACUCUGGAAAAGUUGGUUCGUCCUGUGGAAGGCGGGGCAGGUCAAGGACGCUGAGGUGGAAGCGAGGUGGGGCGUCGAUGGCUUGCUCAAGUUCCAGGCGGAGUUGGCUGCCAACAUGGUCGCUAUGCGAGUCACCCAACAAGCUGACUCUCAGACGGAGCAGCACGCUGAUGCGAAUGGCCUUGCGGAGACGUUGAUGGAGCACACUGCGGAGGAGACCGGCCUAGAGAACAACGCGCAGGUUGACAGCAUGGAGGAAGUUGGUGCGGGGCAAGGGGCGUCAUCGCUGUCAGAUGAGGUGGCCUUCGCUGGACCAGCGCCGGCACAGGAUGAGGCCGCAAAUGGUGAGGUGGCUGGGGCGGCCAGUACUUCGUAA